AUGGUUCAGGAGGAUAUUCUUAAAUUAGAAAAUCAUCUGGACACCGGUGCUGUCCCCCAAAAUUUGAGCUAUAAAGAGUGGAUUGCUAUUAAGUCUCUUAAGAACAACGAACAUAUAGUUAUUAGAAACUCGGACAAGUGGGGCAGCAUUGUUGUCCUAGAUAAAGAGUAUUAUUUCUCUGAAGCCAAUAAACAACUGUCAGACUCUAAGGUUCAUCAGAAGCUUAUAGGUAAUCCUGUUAUACGUUACAAGGAAGACCUUAAAAAACUGAUAGCAGAAGUUAUACAUUUGGGAGUCUUUAGAGAGACAGAUUAUGACACACUGGUUCCACAAAAUCCUCUUGUUCCUAUCUUUUACCAUGUCCCCAAGGUUCACGAGGACCUAACCUAUCUUCCCGGUAGACCUAUUGUCUCUGGAGUUGGCUCUUUGUUUGAGCCUUUGGGGGCAUGGUUAGAUAGCAUUUUACAGCCUUUGGCUAUCAAACAGCUGUCAUACCUCAAAUAUAGUUCACACUUAUUACAUACCCUACAAACUGUAGUUUGGGAACCAGAUUUUACAUGGUUAGUAAUAGAUAUCACAUCACUUUAUACCUCAAUACCUCAACAUCUUGGAAUUGAAGCUGUAGAAUUUUUCUUAGAAAGGGAACUAAGUUUAGAAUAUGACACUAAAAAGUAUAUGGGUGAUGGUACAAGAGGACAUUAUGGAGCAAAAGGAGUGCAAGGACCAAAUGGAGCUAAAGGAGACCCAGGAGAUUAUGGACCCAAUGGGCAACCAGGAGAAAGAGGUCCUUCAGGCCAAGCUGGCUAUCCAGGUGCAACAGGAGAUCGCGGUGACCCCGGCAUAACGGAGUGUGAAAUAAUGAGCUAUGUCGAAGAAAUUUGUGGAUGCUGUGAUUGCUACAGGUCUUGUAAGCCAAUCGAUCUGGUGUUUGUCAUCGACAGUUCAGAAAGUGUUGGCAGAACAAAUUUUAGCCUCGCAAAGAAUUUUGUCAUAAAUAUUGCCAAUAGGAUUGGAAAAAUGGCAAAAAAUAUAUCUGAUCUCACAGGUUCUCGUCUUGGUGUGGUGCAGUACAGCCAUCAAGGAUCUGUCCAAGCAAUUAGAAUGGAUGAUCCCAGCAUAUCUAGCAAGGCUUCUUUCUUGAGUAGAGUUAAGUCUAUGGAGUGGUUAGCUGGAGGGACUUGGACACCUUCAGCUCUGAAGUACACCUAUGAGCAGCUGAUCCAACCCAACCAAAGAGCAGUGAGUAAGGUGGUUGCUCUAGUAAUCACAGAUGGACGGUAUGAUCCCAAGGAUAGAGACAAGCUGGAGUCCCUCUGUAAAGGAGUGGAAGUCUAUGCCAUUGGUAUAGGAGAUAUCUUUAACAGCAGUGCAGAGAAAAAAGAGCUGGAGAAAAUUGCUUGCAACGUAAAUCAUCGUGUAAAGAAUCUAAGUGUGUACGCAGAAUUAGCAGCAGAGGAGUUUUUGGAAAACAUUGAAGCACUUCUCUGUCCAGAACCUGAAAUUAUUUGCCCAGAUCAAGUCUGUAACCAAGAGACGUCACUUGGACCACUGGUAGGCCGGCCUGUGGAUAUUGUAUUCUUUGUGGAUGGUUCAGAGAGAACUGGUAUUGAUAACUUUGUGCAAGUUCUGCAGUUUAUAAAACACAUAUCCUAUGAACUUAAACUUGCCACGCAUGAUAAGGAUACAAGAGGAGCCAGGAUUGCUGUACUCCAAUAUGGAGGUGAAAAUGAACAAAACAUCCUUUUGGAUUUCACCUACAACCUCACAAGCUUUCAGUCAUUGCCCUCUAAUGCGGUGUACUAUGAAUCAUCAUCCCACGUUGGUACAGCUAUUCUUUAUGCACUCAAAAACAUAGUGAGAAGCCGAAAUGGAGGACUUAAAGGCGCAAGAGCAAAUGCUGAAAUUUCCUUUGUUUUCAUAACUGAUGGCAUGAACAAUAACAAGAAUCUUGUACAGGGUGUAGAGUCCAUUAGGGCCAAUAAUAUUGUUACAUCAGCCAUUGCAGUUGGAUCUGAGGUCAAUUCUGAAAAGCUGUCUCAAUUGACUCUAAGAGACAGAGCUUCAUUAUUUACUCUCAAGCAAUAUAAUCAAUUAUUUACCACCCACUUUGUGAGAAACUUUGUGCAAUGGUUGGGAUGAAAAUAAAAUGUAAUCAGUAGUUAAAGGGACAGAACAUUUUAAAAAUGUAUUUCUUGAAUAUGAAAGAGCACUAUUUAAACAUGUUAAAAUAUUUUUUUGACAUUUUUUUUUUGCAGAUCAGAUUCAAUCUUUUUAUUUUUAUUUUGAACUAACAGAAAAUGCAUCUGGGCCUUAAGGCUGAUGAGAACUUACAUUGCUUUAAAGGGACAGUCUAGUAUAAAUUAAACUUUCAUUAUUCAGAUAGGACUUUUAAUUUAAAUCAACUUUCCAAUUUACUUUUAUCAUCAAAUUAGCUUUUUUCUCUUGGUAUUCUUAAUUUAAACUAAACAUAGGUAGGCUCACAUGCUAAUUUCUAAGCCUUUGAGGGCUGCCUCUUAUCACAUGCUUUUUAAAUCUCUUUUCAACACAAAUAGACAAAAAGUACACGUGGGCCAUAUAGAUAACACUGUGUUCAUGCACAGGGGAGUUAUUUAAGAUUUAUCACAAAACAAUGCUAAAUUUAAGACAAUAGAUAAUAAACAGUCACAGUCAUGUGAUCAGGGGGCUGGAAGAAGGUUCCUAGAUACAUGGUAAUCACAGAGGUAAAAAGUAUAUUAAUAUAACUGUGUUGGUUAUGCAAAACUGGGGAAUGGGUAAUAAAGGGAUUAUCUAUCUUUUAAAACAAUAACAAUUCUAUGGUAGACUGUCCCUUUAAUGGUAGAACAGAAACAACUAUUUGUCUCUUUCUUCUUCUUUUUUUAAAUAAAACUAAUGCAUUUUAAAAUGUCUUCUUACAUGCAACAAAUAAAAAAAGAUGUUUGUGUCCCUUUAAUAUUUUUAAGCUUAGCUGUAUAUUAAGAUUAUGAAACUCAAUAUAAAUAUAUACGCUGAAAAUAAAAUGAAUGCAUUACCAGCAUCAGCAUCAUAUGUAAGUACAAACCGCUAUUACUUUUGGACAGGGGUCAAGUCCUACAAAAAAAGUGUGGGAACUCACCAAGACUUCCACCCCCUUACAAUUAAUAUUGUUUUAUAAACAUACACACUGUAUUAAUAUGUAUAUAAUAUAUACACUUUGGUUAAUGAAAGCAAAUUAAAUCCAAUGAAGGGUUGAAUAGUUUGUGCCUGAGAAUCCUCCUUUGUCACGCCCACUUAAGGUGCAAUAGUUCUAUUUCUGCUGAGGGGAGCUAAAUAACCCAAGGGAAAGCCAUACAGAAAUGUAAGCACCAUGUGUUACACACAUUGCGGGGUGAUAUUGUGUAUUGUAGGAAGUGUUACUGUCUAUUACUAGAGGAUCUCACUAUCCCUCUAAACAGACUGUGCUCUAGCUCCUCCCACCAGCAGCAGCAGUGUUUACUAAAGUGUUUAUGUUCUCUGUUCAGAGGAAACUUAGUUCCUCUUGCAAAAAUAGUGCAGGAACUCCGUUCCCAUGUGUUCCCGCUCGACUUGACCCCAGCUCUUGGAGAAAAUGUAAUUACUUUAGUAGGUUUUAGAGAUCAUAUAAUAUAUAUAUAUAUAUAUAUAUAUAUAUAUAUAUAUAUAUAUAUAUAUAUAUAUAUAUAUAUAUAUUAGGCCAUUUGUUUUUAUGUGUUUAAUAGGGGAGGGUGCUGCUAGAUUAGAUAGAUCAGUUACUAAAACAUAACAGAAAAGGUCAUUUGUCAUUGGGUAAUGGAGUUUAAUCUAUAACAAAAGUAAAAAUACACAUAUAGAAGGGACAAAGCAGAUCUAAGGUUCAACUGGGUGGACAAAGGCGUUGGACUGAAGAAAUAUAGAGCUACGUGAUAAAAAGCAAGGUGUGACAGAAAAAUGCACAGGGAUUAUACAGCAGAAAGGAAACAUUUUGAAAAUAUGCUUUAUUGUUUACAAAAAUUAAGGAACUGCAUAUAUGACUGUUUAAUAUUUGUUUUUGGUAAUAAAGAGUGGACUAUUAUGUCACAUUAUUUGCCCUAAUUGAUAAGUGUGUUGUUUUAAGUGUUUUGUUGAUUUUGAAAAAAUAAAAACAUACUAAAUGUCAGUAAAACAUGAAAAUAAAAUGUGCAAACAGGU